AUGCAUCUCUCGGCUCUUGUCGUCGCCUCACUGGCAUCUGUCUGUCUUUCUGCUCCUAGCGCCAAUGUGGAACAGCAGCCAAUUGGUGCUUCGGAACCCAACAGCAUCGGCUCAACGUGGACCAAGGAAUUGAUCUCGCUCCACCGUCAUCUCAUCUCGACCGAAUCCAUCAGUGGGAACGAGUAUGAUGUCGGAAAGUGGCUGUCUGACUACCUGAAAGAUGAUGGUUGGACCAUUGAGACCCAAAAGGUCAACGACGAUAGCUCUCGUCUCAACAUUCUUGCCUACCCGGGUAAGGUCCGCAACGCCGACCUCCUCAUCUCGAGCCAUAUCGACACUGUGCCUCCAUUCUACCCUUACAAGAUUUACUCCAAUGACUCUGAAACUAUCAUCUCUGGACGUGGAAGUGUGGAUGCCAAAGCAUCUGUCGCUGCUCAGAUCAUCGCUACUAAGAAACUUCUGGCCGAGAAGAAGCUGAAGGCCGAUGAUGUGGCUGUCCUUUAUGUUGUUGGCGAGGAGGUACAUGGUGACGGCAUGCGUGCUGCCAAUGCACUUGAACUGACACCGAAGACGAUCAUCUUUGGUGAACCCACUGAGGGCAAGCUUGCAGCUGGUCACAAAGGUAUGCUAGGCUUCACUCUGAAUGCAUUCGGAAAGGCAGCACACAGUGGCUACCCAUGGCUGGGUCGUAGCGCAAAUGAGGUACUCGUUCAAGCACUCUCUGCUUUGAUGCAGCUCAGUCUCGAGCUUCCCAAGAGUGAGAAAUACGGUUCCACCACCAUCAACAUUGGCAAGAUCGAAGGCGGAGUGGCAGGCAAUGUCGUUGCUCAAAAUGCCAGCGCCCAGAUCGCCAUCAGAAUCGCAGCUGGAACGCCAGACGAGAUUGGCAAGCGUGUUUAUGAAGCCAUCAAGGCCGCAACAGAUGAGUUUAAGACUCCUGGUCAUGAAGAUGAAGACAUGUUUGAGAUUGUAUUUGCAGGCAAGGGAUACGCGCCCGUGGACAUUGACCACGAUGUGGACGGUUUUGGUACUAUCACCGUCAACUACGGCACCGACAUUCCCAAUCUCGACAAGCUUGAUGGCCAGAAGAGAUAUUUGUACGGGCCCGGGUCGAUCCUCGUCGCUCAUUCGGACCAUGAGGCCAUCACGCUUGGCGAUCUGAAAACAGCAGUGCAGGAUUACGAAAAGCUAAUCCUCCAUAGCUUGUCAUAG